GCGUCACGUUCAACAUGCGGAUCCUGCAUGGGCUUGAGCGGAUCAGAAGAAAUCAGAUUGGUCAAGCGCUUAUUAUAGGAACUGAAGGACACAAGCAACGCCGCGCUUUACAGAAUUGCUUUGAAACACACCUGAAGACAGUCUUUGGACAAUACAUGGACUGCAAAGGAUACUUUGUGGAUGAGGAGUAUCCAUCCUUUCAAUCAUUGCAUAUUGGUAUUCACCUGCAGCGUUCAAAACUGGAGAAUGGGAGCAUAUUUGCAACAAUAAGGGAAUCCUUUGAAAGGUGGACUCCAGAGUCCAAAUUGAGGGUAGAGUACGCCCUGCCUGCCACACCGGCAGAGGAGGGUUACCAGACAACUCACAUAGUGACAACUCAGAUAGCAACAACUCAUAUAGCAACAACUCACAUAGUUGAAGCUGUGGAAAACCUGAGAAAGGUCUCGAAUGUUCAAGAU